GUCGGCACUUUUUAUAUUUUUUUUUAUUUUUUUUUUACACCAACCCAUUCUCCUCUUCCUCUCUCUUUCACUUCUUUUCCAACGUCUUGUUCACUAGACGCCAUCCCAACUAUUCCGAUUCAUUCGUUAGUCGCACUCUGUGCCUCUGGAACAGCGAUUCCAAGUGUAUAAUCUCCCAUCACUGCCUUCCUAAAUAGACAUAUACAAUGCCUACCGGAAGCGUUGCACGUGUGUACGCUAACGUUAACGAGUCGUACCAGAAGGAGUACUGGGACUAUGACAAUCUUCAGGUCCAGUGGGGGGUUCAAGAUAACUACGAGAUCAUUCGCAAGGUCGGUCGUGGAAAGUAUUCAGAGGUUUUUGAGGGCUUUAACACUGUCAAUAACGAGAAGUGCUGUAUCAAAGUCUUGAAGCCCGUUAAGAAAAAGAAAAUCAAACGUGAGAUCAAGAUCCUCCAGAAUCUUGCUGGCGGUCCCAAUGUUAUCACACUUUUCGAUGUCGUUCGUGAUCCUCAGUCAAAGACACCCUCAUUGAUCUUUGAGUGUGUCAACAAUACCGACUUCAAGAUCCUUUACCCUAAGUUCACCGAUUUUGAUGUGCGCUAUUAUAUUUUCGAGUUGCUCAAGGCUUUGGAUUUCUGCCAUUCUAAGGGCAUCAUGCACCGUGAUGUCAAGCCCCACAACGUAAUGAUCGAGCACGAAAAGCGCAAGCUCCGUUUAAUUGAUUGGGGUUUGGCAGAAUUCUACCAUCCCGGUACAGAGUAUAACGUUCGUGUUGCAUCGCGCUACUUCAAGGGACCAGAGUUAUUGGUGGAUUUCCAAGAAUAUGAUUACUCCCUCGACAUGUGGAGCUUGGGUGCAAUGUUUGCAAGCAUGAUUUUCCGUAAGGAGCCAUUUUUCCAUGGACACGACAACUACGAUCAGCUUGUUAAAAUUGCUCGAGUCCUUGGAACGAACGAGCUAUUUGCAUAUCUUGAAAAAUAUGAUUUAGAACUGGAUGUGCAAUAUGAUGAUAUUCUCGGAAGAUAUCCUCGCAAGCCAUGGAGUAAAUUUGUCACACCGGAGAACCAGCGUUUUGUCUCGAAUGCUGCGAUUGACUUUUUGGACAAGCUUCUUCGCUAUGACCAUCAGGAGCGCUUGACUGCAGCAGAGGCAAUGGAGCACCCUUACUUUGAUCCUGUUCGUGCUGCUGCCAAGGCCCAGUAAAUCUGAAGAAGCAAGAUGCAACAGGAACCAUUAUUCAUAGCACUUUCAAAACCGUCGUCGGUUUUUAUCACUCUACAAUUUCUUUUUUAUUUUCGCCAUAAAAU